AAUAAAUUGUUAUUUUCCAUAUAAUAAAUGCUCAGGUAAGAUACUCUGUAUAUGGAACAGUGCACUGAUACUUGUAAUGGGGAGAAUCACUUGAGGCUUCAGUGAUAUUUGUCUAGAAAGAGUUAAUUUUCCACAGCAUUUUAGAUGUGAAUUCUUUGAAGGUCUCUUAAGUGGAAGUUUGAGUUUUUCUGCUGAAGCAGUGAGUUGGCUUUAGGUGACGGUGUAGCUCAUUGUGUGGCACAGAGAAAAGACAGGCUUAGGAGAAGUCAGUGUGACAUUGAGAAUGAUGGAAACUGGCACAGAAGUUUAGGAAACAGGGAGAAGGGCACAAAGAGGAUGGGCACAUCAAAGAAGUUAUUAGUCUUUCCAAAUCACACGCCAGAAUAAUGUCAUACAUUGAAAGAAUGACAUUAUCCCAGAAAAUAUAGAGAGAUUGACAUGAAUUCCAGCUAAUUGGAAAAGAGUAGUAUUCACAUCUGCAUUAAGUGCAGUGGUAGCAGAAAGUUUGCUAGUAGGGAAAAAGAAAAGGGAGGAAAGUCUUAACUUUGAGGGGAAAAAAAGUCUCACACAUAGGCUGAGGGUAGAAUAAGGAGUAAUUUUGGAGCGCCUGCAUGCACAGUAGGAAGGAUGGGUACCUUGGGUUUUUAUUUUUGCUGUUUGAGAGUUUGAGGUGUUGACAGCUUGCUGGAGGGAACAAGGUGAGAGGACGGGUGAGAGGAAGAGAACUCAAUUUCUUAUUUUAAUUGAGGAAUAGGAAACUGCAGAUGAUGUUGCCUGUGGGUAAUAGGAGAAAGCUGACAAACUUUGCCCACAGAGAGAAGAGUAGUUGGAGUCAUUAGAGAUGCCAAGGGAGCAAGUGAGAGAAGUAGCAAAGUAAGCAACUGCUGCAGUGAUUAAUAAUAGCACUGAGCAGCUCAGAAGUGCCUUUUUGAAAUGUGGAGUGCUUUAGGAAGCAAGGAAUGGGAACUGGGAAGAUAUGAAAAAGUUCAUACUGUGGUCAUACAUUGCAGUGAACUUGAGCUUCAGAGGUAGAAGUGGAGAAGGUAGAAAGAAGGAAAAGUAAAAUGUGAAAUUAACUUCAUAAUUGGAAGUGUGAUGAGAAGUAUUCCUGUGCAGUGUCAAGAGUGGAAAGGGUGCAGGGGCAAGAGGCAUUGAGUUGAAAAGGAACUGAGGAAAUGAGCCAGGAAGAGGAACCAAGAAAAAGGACAACACAACAGAUGUGGUGUGGGAAUUUGGGGAACACAUCUGGACAUACAAAAAAGUGCCAGUCAUACUGCCCAGCCUGUCCUCUGAUGGUAUUGGAUGGAGAAAGAGAAAUUAAAAACAUUUGGGUUUGUUUUGUUGGUGGUUUUUUCUAACUGAGUAAUGAGUGCAAGAUGUCUUCUAAGUAUUUUCGAAGGAAAAGAGCUUAACUGCUGGAAAUUAAAGGAAGACUAAAAGGAAACUUCAGAUUAAGGAGUGUUUAAGGGUAGACUGAUUACUGAAGCAAAUAAAUACAAAUUUCAUGAAGUCCAAAGGCAAGGCAGCUGUGGGAUUUAACUGUCAUGGAUUGUCAUUGAGCAUGGAAGGGAGGAAGGCAGGAAGAUACCAGUGGCGUCUCUGCUGUCUUCAGCUCGUGGAACUGGAAGUACUGAUCAGAACUGGCAAAUGUAUGGUAUAACUAAAAAGCACUGCUACAGCCACCUGACUUCAACAUGCCAUGAUAACUUUGUGUGUUACUUGAGAGGAAAUUCUCAUCAACGAUGAAUGCACAGCACAAUGUGCCAUAUUACCUGUGCAGCACCCAAAUACAAAAGUAUUUUAUUGGUGUAUAAUGGAAACAUUUUAAUGCAGCUGUUCUUUAUAUAGGCACAGAAAUGCACCAAUGGAAUAAAAUAAUGGUUUAGUAGAUGGGAAUAACAAAGAUAAGUCUGUACAGCUCUGUGAAUACUUUUGUUGUUCUGGUAGUUGCUAAUGUUAUCUAACACUUCCCCGUUUAACUUCACUUAAUUAUCAGACCUGAUAGGCUUGAUUUCAAAAACUAUUUUUAUUUCAUGCUUUGUCCUGGUUCUGCUCUUAAGCUCCUCACUGGGACACUCUGUGUGAAAUUAUUUCCUAGUGAUUGGCAUGUCUUGUAGCACUUAGGUGUUUUCAAUGUUUUAUAACCACUGGUUAGUUAAUUGGGGUGGAAGGAUGACAGGUUUUUUUCAGGAAACAAAUUUUUGACAGCUCAUUGUUUAAAAUGAAGACUGACAGAAUACUUAUAGGAUCAUGCCAUGACUUUUCUUUUUAGAAAGGGCCAAAUACUGUUAGAAAUCUUCACUUGUGUCUUGAAUUAAAAUGUUUAUACUAGGAUUGUAAAAUUCCUAUGGUAUAUAUAACAGUUAAAUACUAAGGAAAGGAAAGUUACCUGCUGGCAUUUUCUGGAGCUGAUACACAGACAGCCAUGUGGCUUAAGUUGUAGUCUAGAUGCACUUAAUAGAAGUAUUAAGAUAAUAAACAAUUAACCUAAUACUGCCAACACUAAACCAUGUCCCUGAAUGCCAUAUCUGCUCCAUGGAUGGUGACUCAUGUGCUUCCCUGGACAGCCUGUUCCAGUACUUCACAACGCUUUCAGUGAAGAAAAUUGUUCUUAAUAGCCACUGUAAACUGCCUGUGGUACUAAGAGGCUGCUGGCUCUUGUCCUACUGGGGGACAAGAGUGACCCCCACCUCUCUACAACCUCCUUUCAGGUGGUUACAGAGAGCAGUAACGUCUCUCCAGUCUUUUUUCAAGGCUAGAGAAACUCUUGCCUCAGCUGCUCCUCCUGAAGUUUUUGCUCUGGGUCCAAUUAGCCAAGGUCUUAUAAAGUUUCAUCCGAAGCAACAGUACUGUUUGACUGCCGAAUGCAUUGAAGCUGCUGCUAGCAUCCUGAGCAAGAUAAAUCAAUCUGUAGAUCCAUGUGAGAACUUCUAUCGAUUUGCAUGCGAUGGCUGGAUAUAUAAUAACCCUAUUCCUGAAGAUAUGUCCAACUAUGGUGUUUAUCCCUGGCUGCGACACAAGGUGGACCUCAAACUAAAGGCAUUGCUAGAGAAACCCAUCAGCAAAAGACGAGACAGUGAAGCUGUACAGAAGGCCAAGAUCCUUUAUGCAUCCUGCAUGAAUGAGGAGAAAAUUGAAAAAGCUGAUGUGAAACCCCUGUUAAGUAUCCUGAAGCAUUCACCUUUCCGCUGGCCUGUGCUGGAAUCCAAUAUUGGACCUGAAGGACUGUGGUCAGAAAGGAGGUUCAGCUUAGUCCAAGCCUUGGCAACUCUUCGUGGCCAAUACAGCAGCUCAGUCUUCAUCCGUUUGUAUGUGGCUGCUGAUGACAAAAUCUCCCAUCGCUACAUCCUGAAGCUUGAUCAAGCAAGCCUCUCUCUGGCAUCUCGAGAGGAUUACCUAGAAAACACCACAGAAGCCAAAUCUUACCGAGAUGCCUUUUUGCAGUUCAUGGUUGAUACAGCAGUGCUUCUGGGUGCAAAUGCCUCCCGAGCUGAAUCUGAUAUGAAAUCAGUUCUAAAACUGGAAGUUAAAAUAGCAGAGAUCAUGAUUCCAUAUGAAAAUCGAACAAGUGAGGUGAUGUACAAUAAAAUGAACAUAUCGGAGCUUAGUGCCAUGAUUCCACAGUUUGACUGGCUGGGAUACAUCAAGAAGGUGAUUGACACCAAACUCUAUCCCGAGCUUAAAGAUAUAGGUCCUUCAGAAAAUGUGAUUGUCCGUGUUCCCCAGUACUUCAAAGAUUUAUUCAGGAUACUAGAAAAUGAAAGGAAAAAGACUCUUGCCAAUUACCUGGUAUGGAGGAUGGUUUAUUCAAGGUUAUUUAACCUCAGCAGACGUUUUCAGUAUCGGUGGCUGGAAUUUUCUAGGGUAAUUCAUGGGACUACAACUUUGCUGCCUCAGUGGGAUAAAUGUGUGGACCUUGUAGAAAAUGCCCUCCCCUACGUUGUGGGUAAGAUGUUUGUGAAAGCCCAUUUUCAAGAAGACAAGAAAGAGAUGAUGGAAGAAUUGACUGAAGGAAUUCGCUGGGCUUUUAUUGACAUGUUAGAAAAGGAGAAUGACUGGAUGGACUCUGAAACAAAAAGAAGAGCUCAUGAGAAGGCAAAAGCAGUUAUGGCGAAAGUCGGUUACCCUCAGUUUAUAAUGAAUGACACAUAUAUUAAUGAAGACAUCAAAACACUGAAGUUUACAGAAAGUGAUUAUUUUGGCAAUGUAUUGCAAACUCGCAAAUACGCAGCUCAAUCUGAUUUCUACUGGCUUAGAAAAGAAGUACCAAAAACAGAGUGGUUUACAAGCCCAACUACUGUAAAUGCUUUUUAUAGUGCAUCUACAAACCAGAUCAGAUUCCCAGCAGGAGAACUUCAAAAGCCUUUCUUUUGGGGAACAGAGUAUCCUAGAUCAUUAAGCUAUGGUGCCAUAGGAGUGAUUGUUGGCCAUGAGUUUACUCAUGGAUUUGAUAGCAAUGGUCGGAAAUAUGACAAAAAUGGAAAUUUAGACCCUUGGUGGACGACUAACUCUGAAGAAAAAUUUAAAGAAAAAACAAAAUGCAUGAUUAAUCAGUACAAUAAUUACUACUGGAAGCAAGCUGGCUUACAUGUGAAAGGGAAGAGAACUUUGGCAGAAAACAUUGCAGAUAAUGGAGGUUUGCGAGAAGCUUUCAGGGCAUACAGGAAAUGGAUUAGAGAAAAGAGGGGAGGAGAAGAAGAGCCUUUCCUGCCAGGCCUUGAGUUCACACAUAACCAGCUUUUCUUUCUGAGUUAUGCCCAUGUAAGAUGCAACUCCUUCAGACCGGAAUCUGCGAGGGAGCAAAUAUAUACUGGGGCUCACAGCCCUCCUCAGUUCAGAGUAAUCGGAGCCAUGAGCAACUUUGAGGAGUUCCGUAAGGCGUUCAAUUGCGCGGCGAACACGACGAUGAACCGCGGGGCAGAGUCCUGCCGGCUCUGGUAGCUGUCCCUUCUGCUCCUCUCUGGGAGACACUGCAAUGUGAACUGCUCCAGCCCACUGCCAGAGUUUCAGAGUGAUGGUCUGAAAUAUGGAGAGGUGUUACUUCAAGUGCUGAUGGUCUGCAUGGAUCUGGUCGUUCCUUAUUUAGAGCCUAGAAACUUUCCAAGUAGAAGAGCUUUUCUUUAAGUAUAAUAAUAAAAAGUAACUCCUUUUAACUAUAAAACUACUCCAGCUCAUCUGCAGUUGCACUGCUGUUGAUGGAUAACUGCCAUUAUCAAUUCUAGUUCCUGAUUUAUAGUUGAGCAAAACGUAAAUGCUAAAAUCCAGUUUUAAUCUAUUGCUCUGCAGGGGUUCUAUGCAGAAUGCUCCCACAGUAAAAUUUAUUCUUUCUGGAUGAAGAAAUUCAAGAGACCUGCUAUAAAGCCAGCUCUGAUCUGCUGCGUGAUACUGCAUUUUCAUAACUUAAGCUGUCACAGCCCAGCAUGCCAUAAAUGAUGUUGCAUGAUGUAAAGACACAAGACUUUAUAUAAGUUCAGUUUAAUAUGUCAGAUUAGUGCCUCUGGUUUUGGAACAGUUUCAAGCUGAGAAAGUACCUCAUGGUAUUCAUCUGUAGGACUAAAACAUAAAGGAUACUUGUCAGAUCAUGGCUUCUUCUAAUUUUAGAACAGCUUAUGAUAAAAAUCAAUGUAUGGUGAAAAUCAGAGGCACUCAGAGGGGAUUCCCAGCACCACGAUACUCAUAAAUAUUGCAGGAUUUAUUCUGGUUUACUGUGUAGGCAGUUUUUUCCCAGGGGAUGGUUUUUACCUUGUGCUGAAUAUAGCUUCAUCUACAUUUAUUUUUUUAAGACAGAAAUACUAUACCAGUUUUAAAUGAUGGAUUUUAUUGUUUCUGGGUCUUACAUGGAAUUUUAAGUAGUGUGUGUUUGCCCUCAUGUUCUGGAUGGGUCAGGAUGACUUGUGAUUUUCAGGUAAGAGUAUGUGACAGAAAAACAGAGUACCAGUAUCAUUUGACUUCUCUUGAUAAAAAGAGCAAUUGAGGAGUAGAGGACUUAAAAAUAUAGUAAAAAUACAGACCAGUUGAGUUUUCAAUUUGAUUUUUAUUAAGAAUAUUAAUGAAAAGAUAUUUUAUUACCGCAGAAAAGCUUUAACACAUAACUAUUACUGGGGGGGGAGGGUUGAGAUGGGUGGUGAGGGAGAAUGCACACACGGCUCUUUUUUCUAAUAAGAAAGGUGCCUAUAUGAGUGAUAUCUUUUUAUGCCUUGUGCAUUAUUUCAUUUUUACAUGGUGGAAUUAUUUCAAAAGGAGUUUCUUUAGACCGAUUUAAUUACUGCAAAUCCAUAUGGGUCUCUGUGUAUAUACAUAUAUACAAAAUAUAAUUUUUAUAUGCUUUUAUUUUAUUUUAUCAGCAUAGAAAUGUUAGUAAGAGAAACUUUUUUUUUUUUACAAGGAUUGGUCAAAUACUGUUGGAUAAGGACUUAGUUGGAUGGUCCAAAUGGUGAUGGUCAAUGGCUCAGAAUUCCAAGGGACAUCAGUGACAAGUGGUGCCCCUCAGGGGUUCAUACUGGAACCAGUACCAUUUAAUGUCUUCAUUAAUGACAUAGAUAAAGGGAUGAAGUGCACCCUCAGCAAGUUUGCAGAUGACACCAAGCUGAGUGGAGUGGUUGCCACACCUGAAGGAUGGGAUGGCAUCCAGUGGGACUUGGACAAUGAGAAUUGGCCCUUGGGAAUCUCAUGAGGUCUAGCAGGACCAAGUGCAAGGGGCUGCACCCAGCUCUGGGCAACUCCUUGUAUCAACAGCCUGGGGAUGAACAGAUCAAGAGCAGCCCUGCCCAGCAGGACUUGGGGGUGCUGGUGGGUGAGAGGCUGGACAUGACCCAGCAACAGGCAUUUGCAGCCCAAAACCAACAGUGUCCUGGGCUGCACCCAAAGCACUGAGGGCAGCAGGUCAAGGGAAGGGAGAGGAAGCCAGCAAGAUGAUCAGAGGGAUGGAGCACCCCUCCUGUGAGGAAAGGUUGUGAGAAUUGGGAUUGUCAGCCUGGAGAAGGGAAGGCUUCAGUGUGACCUAAAUUUCAGCCUUUGGUACAUGAAGGGAGUCUACAAGAAAGAUAAAGGGACUUUUCACAAGGGCGUGCAGUGACAGGACAAGGGGGAAUGGCUGUAAACUGAGAGUAGUUUUGGAUGUGAUGCUGGGAGGAAGCUCUUUACUGUGAGGGUGCUGAGGCACUGGAACAGACUGCUUGGAGAACUUGUGGGUGCCUCAUCCCUGGAAAAGUUCAAGGCUGUGUUGGAUGGGGCUCUGAGCAACCUGAUGGAAGUGCAAGGAGGUGACAUUGCCCAUGGCAGGGGUCUGGCAUUAGAUGAUCUUUAAGGCCUCUUACAACCCAAAUCAUUCUAUGAAUCUAUGAUUGUCCAACAGUCAUGGUGGAGGAAGGUUUACUGAAGCUAACUAACUGAAACAAAUCGGGUUAUUUUCCUGUGUGUCUUUAGAAAGAAGGGGGUCAUAAUGGAAGCAUAAUUUAUGGAAAAGGAUAGGAUCUCAGACUAUCUUCCAGAGUGAAGGAAGCAGACAUUCCUGUCCUUAAGGCUAUGUUGCCACUUUUUAGAAACAAAAUAUUGUGAUUUGGGACAAGAACAUUCUUUUAUCUUUUUUUUUCCUGAAAAAGCCAAAAUUUUCUUAAGAGGAAAGCAUUUUCCCUUCCUUCAUUCCAGCUCAGUUCCUGAGUUCCAUAGAUUAAAGUUUAUCAUUUGAAUUGCCACUACUAAAUCUUUUCCUGGAGGUAUUUUUCCCAUAAAUAAUGGUGGCAGUAUUUUCAUAGAGCUUUUCCUCAAACAAGAAGGUAUGGGUCUUUAGCAAAGGGAUACUGUUUGCUGCAUAAUGGGAAAGUUCCUUAGGAAACUGAGUAUGUACUGACUUCAUUUCAGUGCUCAUACAAGCACUGACAUGACUUGAUGUUGGCUGCUUUGGAUCAACAGCACAAAGUUCAGGGUUGAUGUCCUGGACCAAUUAAAGGUAGUACCAAUAUGGUUGUUGUCCUCAGAAAAAUCAGGACAUCAACUCAGGCACUUAUCUGAAUUUUAUAAAUUACUGGAAUAUGAAAAGACAGUUUCACAACAGUCAACUUUGUGCUUUCUAGUUUUAUCUCUCAAAUCAGAGAUGCAUUUGCAAGAAUUCCUCUCUCAUGGUGAUUUUCCAGUGGGACAGAUUCUGUCAUUUUGUGAUUUAUGAAGUUGUUUUUCUGUACUGGAGUGGAUUUUUUUUCUAAAAUGUCUGAUGUUUCUUGCCUUAAAAAUCACUCUUCCUGCUCCUUGUUAGGCUCAGGUCUUUCAUGUUUAAUACCAGGGAUUUCUGCACGGUAGUGUGUGUAUUCCCAAUGGCACAGGAGCCACUGCAAACUCUUUCAUCCUUGCUAGGCCAUCUCCUGCAGCAGGCAGGGGACAGGUCUGGGCUGGGGGAUGGUGGGAAGCUGGGUGUUUUGGGGCAAUGCACUAGGAGAGAGGAAGGGAGGGCAUGACCUGAUUUUGUACCCUGAUUUUGGCAGCUGAGAGGGUACCCACACAGUGCCAGGGGGAAGCCAGAACUCCUUGCUGCUGACUGGUACAUUCAUCAGUAGUAUCCUAAGUCAGGAAAUUCUUGCUGUUGACUCAGGUUCUCAGUGUCUGGGGUUUAGGUCUUGCCUGUGUCCACACAAGGAUCCUGGCCUGCCUCCCCUGCUGCUUUUUACCUCAAACCAAAGAGCUGAUCAUACAAUUUACAGCUUACUUUGGAUAAGCUGCUUAGGGACCAUUUGGAAAGCAAAGCAAAAGGUAAUUAAACAAGUUCUUAAAACUUUUGUCAUCAGACAGCCAAGACAUUAGUUUUGGUUUGUGAGGGCUCUGCCCAUUAUUUCUGUUUUAUCAGACCACCUGGCUGUGCUUUGUUUUUGUAUCGUGCCUCCUGGGUCUGUGCCAGCACUGCCUUCCUGCAUUGCUCUCAGGCUCACUUAUUACAUCUAUGCAAAAAAUCCUUCACCAUAUAUAUCCUUUUCCCAGAGCUUUAAAAUUGUUAUUCUGCUUAAUUGUCAGUAAUAUUUGGAAAUGUUUCUUCCUGUUGGCUCAGUAAUCUACUUCUUCUUCAGUGACCAGGGGGGGAAAGUCACCUAUGAAUGAAACCUUUUUUUACCUUUGUAAAUCUGAGGAGAUAUUUUUCUACUGUGUAGACAUAAAGAAACAACAUCUACUCCUGUCCUCCCAUGUUCCCUUCUUCAGGUCAUAGAAAUAUGGAAACCUGUUCUCUUCUAGUUAAUCUAGUCUAGAUUUUUUUGGGGUUUGGUUUUGUUUUGUUUUGUUUUGUUUAAGCCUGAAAUGCUAAAACACCAGUUUAUACCCUGUGAAUAUUUCUGCUGCUCCUAUUGUGGAAGACUUAGUCCUCAGAAAAGGCAGCUGCGCUAUUCACCUGUAUAAACUGCUUAGGUACAUAAAUGAUGUCCAAGCUGGGUCUGGAAAGGACCAGAAAACUCAGCUGAAUUAUAAAACUAUGCCUCAUGCCCUGUGCAGCUGGACUUCAUUAUUCUUUAGGUGGGAACACUAUCAUGUCACUAAUUUGUUGAAUAAUUUAUAAAAUAAUCAGGUAGGUCUGCAUAUAACUUUUCAUUGAGUAUUAUUCAACUACAGACUUAGAAGUAUAUCUCAUAACAAUGUUAUAUGUAUAUAAAUAUACACAUGUAUCUGUCAGUGAAAUGUUAAAAGCCUGACAACUCAGGAGGCAGAACUAUAGUGAUUUAAAAUGUCUUUUAAGUCUUUUUAAUCUGAUUUUUAUUUACUGCUCAGUCUAUUGUACAUUUGAAUUUUUCUGCUUGCAUAGUACAUUGAUUGACUGUUUUAAAGACAAUUGUGUCAGCAAAUAAAGCGAAAGUGAUGAAGAACUUUCCUAAUCUUGCAGUAUGGUAAAACCUGCUUGGCUUGGCACUGUCCAACUCUACAAUAUUGCUUCUAUAAUAUAUAGUCUUAAUGAGAUGUAAUAAAGAGCAUAAUGAUGUGG